ACACAUGUGGGCGGGACCUUUAAUAGCCUCAGCUAGCUAAUGCUAGAAGAAAAUCGAUCCAGGGAAUUUUUACAAAACGAAACCAGAUCGAUUGAUUUAAACAGGGAGAGGACGAUUAAACUGCUGCAGGAGGUUUACCUGCAAACCUUAAAGACUCCCCAAUGGCUACCGACAUGCCCAUGGACACGGUGCCGGCUCCUCACUCUGCCCCAGCCUCACCUCCAGACCCCACCCCAGCCUCGAAUCCUGUUUUGAGCUCGAGUGCAGCCCAAGACCAGAUUCCGACCCAGGAGCCAGCGAUAGCUGAGACCCCUGACACAGCAGUGACCCUGGAGCAGGAUGCCGUUCCAGAUCUCACCCAGGCUCAGCCUACAGACCCAGAUGUGUCACAAGGCCUUAUUCCAGGUUCUGAGCUGCCCCCGGCUUCCCUGCUGCCUCCACUGCCGCCAGCCAGCGCUAAGAACCCCAGCUGCAAGAUAAUGACCUUCCGGCCCACCAUGGAGGAGUUCAAAGACUUUGCCAAAUAUAUUGUCUACAUGGAAAGUCAAGGAGCUCACCGUGCUGGCCUGGCUAAGGUGAUUCCCCCAGAAGGCUGGAAACCCCGUAAGUCCUAUGACACCAUUGAGGACAUGGUGAUUCCAGCGCCCAUCAUGCAGGUGGUGACCGGUCAGUCGGGUCUGUUCACCCAGUACAACAUCCAGAAGAAGUCCAUGACUGUGAGCGAAUACCGCAAGCUUGCCAACAGCAAAAAGUACUGCACACCCCGCCACAAAGACUUUGAUGACCUAGAGAGGAAGUACUGGAAGAACUUGACAUUUGUGUCACCCAUUUAUGGUGCUGAUGUCAGUGGAUCUAUUUAUGAUGAGGAUAUUCAAGAGUGGAACAUUGGCCAUCUCAACACGCUGCUGGAUAUGGUGGAGCAGGAGUGUGGCAUCGUCAUAGAAGGUGUCAACACUCCCUACCUGUACUUUGGCAUGUGGAAGACCACAUUUGCCUGGCACACUGAAGACAUGGACCUCUACAGCAUCAACUACCUGCACUUUGGACAGCCCAAAUCUUGGUAUGCGGUCCCACCUGAGCAUGGCAAGAGACUGGAGAGGCUGGCACAAGGCUUCUUCCCUGGCAGUUCUCAAGGCUGUGACGCCUUCCUUCGCCACAAGAUGACGCUGAUCUCUCCAUCCAUCCUGAAGAAAUAUGGCAUCCCCUUUGAUAGGAUAACUCAGAAUGAAGGGGAGUUUAUGAUCACCUUUCCCUAUGGCUACCAUGCUGGCUUCAACCAUGGCUUCAACUGUGCAGAAUCCACAAACUUCGCCACCUUGCGCUGGGUUGACUAUGGCAAAAUGGCUACCCAGUGUACCUGCCGUAAGGACAUGGUGAAGAUCUCCAUGGAUGUGUUUGUGCGCUGCCUGCAACCGGAUCGCUAUGACUUGUGGAAGCAGGGCAAAGACACCACAGUGUUGGACCACCUUAAAUCCACUGAGCUCAGCAGCCCUGAACUUGAGUCCUGGAGGCAGCAUCGUGUCACCUUCCGAGCCAACCUCCUGCGGAGGGCCAUGCAGAAGAUGAAGCAGGUCCGUCGUCUAAAGCUGGAAGAGGUGAAGGUGCUGGCAGAGGAGGGCAUCCAGCUGGAUGCUGCCGAGUACCAGCGUCAGGUUGAAGAGCGUGAGGCCCAGCGGAGGCAGGAGAGGGAGGAGCGUCUAGCCAAAGAGGCUAUGAUGACCCUGGAGGCCAUGGAGCGUGAGGAGCAGGAGGCCGCCGAAGCUGCUGCUAAAGCGGCAGAGACUUCAACUGUGGAGGCAAAAGAAUCCGAGACCAAACCACAGAACUUGACAGAGGAUAUUGAGAAAAAGAAGCAGAAAAAGCAGAAAAAGACGUCAAACAUUCAGAACCCCGCCACCGGGUUUCAGGAAGCUUUUGAGCAGUUUGCUACAUCUGGCCCCAAGAAUUCAAAGACCACCAUGGCCAGCCAUCCGGAGACGGGGAACCCUCUAACCCAAAGAGCGAGUGACAUCUCAGCAGACAACAAGCUGGAUGCAUGCUACUCCAAGAUGAAGAUGCCAACAGAGGUAAAAAAGAGCCGCCGUCACCCCCUCAGCAAGCCACCUACGCGUUCCCCUCUGUCCAUCGUUAAGCAAGACCCAACAAUUGACAAAGAGCUGUCCUCCUCCAUGCCAUUGGACAGUGACAUGAAGAAGCAGGAGCACCUGUGGCAAAAUCGCUCACCCAACUUCUUGGCAGAGAAGGCCUUCAAUGCUGCCGUAGCAGCGCUCCAACCACACUGUGCUAUCUGUUCACUCUUCUGUCCGUACACAAAGCCACACAAAGACGUCUUCAUCACGAAUGACACCCAGCGCGCCUCUCUUCCUCGUCAUGGCAGUCUAACUCGUCCUCUGGUCCCAGAGAUGUGCUUCAGCGUUGGGGCAGGAAAUACUGAGCCUCCGCCCACCAACUGUCACAUCGGAGAGGAUGGAACCAGUCUUCUGCUACGCUGUUCCUCUUGCCACAUGCAGGUUCAUGCCAGUUGUUAUGGUGUAAAGCCAGACUCUGUCGGUGAGUCAUGGACAUGCUCCAGGUGUGCAGCAGGUGCCUGGACAGUGGAGUGUUGUCUCUGUAACUUGAGGGGUGGAGCCUUGAAAACUACCACAGACAACCGGUGGGUCCAUGUCAUCUGUGCCAUCGCUGUGGCUGAAGCUCGCUUUGUCAACGCCAUCGAGAGGGAGCCGGUGGAUGUCAGUGCUGUUCCAGAAACACGCAAGAAUCUGAAGUGUGUGUUCUGCCACGGCAAGAACGCCAAUCAGAACCGUGGCGCCUGCAUCCAGUGCUCAUACGAGAACUGCGCCACCUCUUUCCAUGUCACCUGCGCCCAAAUUGCUGGAGUCGUCAUGACGCCAGCCGACUGGCCCUAUGUGGUAUCCGUCACCUGCCACAGGCAUAAAAGGGUCACUCCAAAGCCUCGGACAGCACCCAAAGGCACUCAGGGUCCGAACCUGGGUCAGAGGGUGAUUGGUCGCAACAGUGACGGCUGGUACUACCACUGCACCAUCAUUGGCAUAGCAACGCAGACGUUCUACGAGGUCAACUUUGAAGACGGCUCAUACUGUGACAAUCUGCACCCAGAAAACAUAUUAAGUCAUGACUGCUUGCGGAGCGGCCCUCCUGAGGUGGGGGAGUUGAUUGUGGUCAGCACACCCGAAGGUCAGAUCCUGAACGCUUCCUUUGUCAAACAGCACACCCACAAGUUCUACCAGGUUGAGUUUCAGGACCAGAGUCAGCUGAUGCUAAAACACUCAGAGAUCCAUCAGCUGGACCAGGAACUUCCCAAGAGGGUCCGAGCCCGUCUCGCUAUACCUGUUCCCCAGGAAGAGCUUUCCUCAGCGGAUGAAGCCCAAGCAGCCAAACGCCGCCGCCUUCCCUCCGGCUCUGCUCCGCCUGCUGAUACCCCCAUGGAGACGACAGACCAACCCGCCUGCCCCAUAACUACGCCCCCAGUAGCAGAACCAGCAGCAGAACCUCAAAGUAUUAGUACACUGCCGACCUCACAACCUCUGUCCCAGCUCAGCGCUGCCCCCGCCCCAGCCAGCGGUGUUCAGAUGGACGCUGAGACCCCAAUGGACACGAGCGCCGCCCUCUCCGACACUCUAACGGAGUCAAACCUGGCCUCGGACCCCUCGCUGACUCUGCAGUCAACCCCUUUUCAGUCGACUUUGAACUCUGACCCCCUCCUGUCCGCCCCGUCCCCUCAGCCGCCUCCGCAGCACAUGUCCGACAGCUACACGCCAAGCAGCGGCUACGUUUCCUACAUGGAGACCCUCCUCCACUCACAUUUCCCUCAGUACGACGGCCCCGGACACCUGUAUUAAAAAAUCAACUCCACUAUGUUAUUACUCUGCCAACGGAGGCUGAGCCAAUAGGAAGUAAGCUAAUGGAGGUGGAUUCUACUGAGUGCUGUAUUAAUGGACAAAAACAUUUCCCACACCGGCUCUGAGAGCUCAGGGCGGGAGCAGGAAAAGACACGGACACACACAGGCACUCUUUUAAUGCAUGUUACUUUUCUAUUUUUGAGUUAAUGUAUUUGCAGUGGUGCUUUAGCCUGCUCUGAAGCAGCAGCUAAAGAGGACAAGGCUUUUUUAUUUAAUAAUAUUAUUAUUUGUGUUUUGUUUUUUUUUUGUUUGUUUGUUUUUUGUUUUUGUUUUUUUUUCUUUUUAGGUCUUUUGCUUUUACAGAUUUUGAUCAGCUGCUGUGCUUCUCUCCUCCAUCUUGAUAUAAAACACGUCUCUGGGUGGUAUCAACUCCAUACCUCGUUGCAUUAAUUCUACAACAGCACACUCCCAUUUUUUUGUACAGGAAGCUAAUUACUAAGAAAGCCUCUCAGCAGUGAGGCCCUGGUGGACUUCACUACUACUUCUUUUUUUUUUUUUUUUUUUUUUUUUUUUUUGGAAUCAAAUAACCAGCAACAAAAUAUCUAUUUUUCAAUCCAGCUUUGAAACUGUUUGGUGGAACUAAACUGGUCAAUAGGAACAUUUUCAACUUGGUGUUUUAUUGUCGGAUUGCAAGAGGAAAAAGGGGUAAUGGGGUAAAAAUAAUGUAUUGUAGGGGGGAACUCAGUAUUUAAAUGUCUUAGUCAGAUAUUGAAAGAAUUAAUUGUAAUAGAAGAAUCAUAUUGAAUGCAAACAUUAGUAGAUUUGUCUGCAGGAUGCAUUGAAUUUUUGUGAAGAUGUGACACAGUAGUUAACAGAUGAGACCUUUAUGUAUUGACGUCAUUCAAAUGGUCAUUUGGCGGCUCCACUUUUCACUUUAAAACUGUCUCAGGGUUCCUACAUCUGGAAAAUAAAUUUAGUUGUAACAUGCCGGUCUUCGCACUGUUAAGGAAAUUUAAAACAGCCCUGAAAAUUGUUUAAAAAAAAAAAAAAAAAAUCACUCAGCCCUAAUUGGCAUGUGAAUAUCCGUUGCGUAUAUUGUCAUAUUUGCUCCCGUUAACAGUAAUCUCCACAAUUCUGUAGAGUGAUAUUUGAACACUGUCACAGUCUGCCUGUUAGCACAUGAACUGGCCAGAACUAUGAAAUCAAUUUAAAGAAUGAAAAUCUUGAAAAUGUCUCAUAUUUGGAAAUGUAGGAACCCUUAAGUCUUGAAAUAUUUUGUACCAUACUUGGUUAAAAUAGUAUGUAUAAAUCAAUAUUGUAUAUUAUUAACGUUGUCCGUUUUUUUUCUAUUAACGUACUUUCCUUCGGGAUUAAUAAAGUUCUUAUCUUAUCUUCUUAUCUUUCUAGUUCAUUUUCUGAAUUGAUUUCACAAACUUGGCCGAUCUAAACUAUUACUUUUAUUUUUUUACAGAUUUAAAACAGGAAUAUUACUCAGUUUGUACUGAUAACUACAUGUUUUGUUUUGUUUUUUCUGCAUAUGGCCAUUUUGUGCUACAGUGGUGCUACAGAGACAUUAAACUACUGAUGGACUGAAUUUCCUCAACACUGUCAACUUGUACAUACCGCAGGCCUUGUGUAUUGUGAAUCAAACUUAUAAAUGUCUUUUCAUUUCCCUUUCUCCCUCCCCUCCCCCCAUGUCAUCACAACUGAUAUGUUGGAACACUUCUAUGUCCCUUUGUCCAAAUGAUAUUCAUCAAAAGAAUCUUAUUUCAUAGGGAUUAAAGUGGGUUGCUAGUCGCCA